AUGCAGGACCUGGAGGACAUGCUGGGUUUCAGGCCCUACUCCUUCUACUUCUACAUGUGGAAGUACGUCUCCCCUCUGUGUCUCACCAUCCUCAUCAUAGCCACCGUCGUCGAGUUGGCCAUCAGCCCACCAGGGUACAACGCCUGGGUCGAGGAACUGGCCCAGGAGCGUUUCCAGAGCUACCCUCCCUGGGCCCUGGCCAUGUGCUUCUCCCUCAUCGUGGUCGCCAUGCUGCCCCUGCCCGUCGUGUUCGUCGCCCGGCAGUUCAACCUCAUGUCAGACGGCUCCAACAAGCUGUCCGUCUCCUACCGCAAGGGGAUGAUGAAGGACAUCUCCAACCUGGAGGAGGUGGACGAGACCCGCUUCAUCCUGGGCGCCAAGAACCCCGGGGAGACACCUUCGCCGAAGCCCGUCAGUCGGGCCUACCUGGGCCCCAUCAAGCCACUGGCCGACCCCAACUCGCUGUCCCCCAACAGCUGCUACGGAACGAGCUACCAGAACGCCAUGAGCCCCCCCUCUCCAAACACGCCCACCACCCCAGAGUCGGACUCAUGAUCACUAGAGGUGUCCUUUCCAUGACUUGCCCCCCCCCACCUCCACCCCCACGACACCCACAUACAUAUUCACCAAUCAGGACACUUCACCACUCAGCGCCUCCGUGUCUCACUGUCUCCAUUAGGGGGACCUGCAGCACACCUUCGCACACGUUCUGAAUGACCUGGUCACGAGUGCACACACACACACACAGACUCACGUACACACACACAAACCCUAGAAUUUAGAGCAAUUUGUAGCUGAGGCUUCCAAACUAGGAACCAAACUGUGAAGGUAUCUGAUAUGAGUAUCCCAAAGAAAGACCCUUAGACUAGUAGUACAUAAACAAUAUGAGGUAUGUACUUAUUUUCUCCACUGAUCUUUAUGGGGGAUAACCUACAAAUAACAUUAACUUUGUAAAUGUUUCAUGUCUUGGCUUGUCAUUGCCUCAACACAGGGACUCUCAGUCAGGAAUAACAACAAUCACCCAGGCCCAGCUCUAGGUCCAGUCUCUACACGGCAGUUAACACAUGAGAUACAACCUUCUCUCGAGGAGAAGAGAAGUCUUGUUCUUGUUCAGUCCCAAAUGAUUGUGAGCCAUAAACUGUAAAGUAUUAGAUGCAAUGAUACUACGAAGACCCUUGCUAAAUGUGAGCAUUUGUUUCAGGCUAGGUUGGAGCCUGUUUAAGGUUUGUUUUGCAGUUGCCUGUAGGUUGCAAUCCUCCAAGGCCACACAAUUUAUAGCCAUGUGGUGUUGUAGUGUUUUUCUUUUUUUGUGAGGAAUCUUUCCUUGAGAUUUAAAGUGCCACGCAAUAUCAGAUUGAAAACGUGCAACCUCUCCCCUAUUGUUUGGCUGUUUUUGCAAUGCCAGCAGUUCGGAGGGCUUUUGUAUGAUGCAAAAUAUUAUCUAUGCUUAAGGCUGCUUUAGAGACAUCAUUUAGUCAAUACGCUGUAUGAGACAUAAGCUAGUAUACAUGUCAGAAUCAUGUUAGCAUCACAUUCCUACCUUGCGUCACAGUCUCAAUCGUGUUGUCCAAUUGGCUGAUAUUGUUCAACGUGUAAGAGUUGUAGAAAUUGCUACUACUUUUUUAUGUUACAUUUUGAUGUCAAAUGUUAUGGUCUAGUGAAACUAUGCUAUGUGUCAGAAAAGCAUUCAUACAGACACACAUAUUCCACCAAAGACUGAAAUGUAUAUAGCCAGUCAUAAGACACAUGUUGAAUGUGUUGAUCAUCACGUACAUACUCCACAGGCAGCAUGACCCUGAACACAUUUACUCCAUGCUGCUGUACUCAGACCUGAACUGUUUAAGGUGUCCAGUUUAAGUGUCUGAAAAGUACAUUAAAAGCACAUUACUUCUAAAAUAUAACUAGGAAUUGCACACCAACUGUACAGAUCCUUCCCCUGCACAGGUAAACAAAGGCACAGUUUGAGCACAGAACCAGUGAGCACACAAAUGAAUGUCAGGAAGCAUUUUGUCUCAAGAAGGUUUGCACUAGGCACAAACACUAGAUGCAGCCAAUGUGAUCAUUGUUGCACAGAUACAACUGAAUCCAAUCCAGUUCACAGUGAGAACUUGGUAAAAAGAGCCCCACUGAGCACAACACAAUAAACAACAGCGCUCAAUUCAAUUUUUUCUCCUUUGAAUCAAUCAGUUAUGGACCAAAUCACUUGGAUCACUUUUGGACCAAAUUUCCAAUUUGGGGAUAUCUCUAUUGGAUAUCGCUAUUAUUAUACGAUUGAUAUCCAUAUAUUCAUAGGACAAGCAGCACAAGGUUUUAGCACAUUGUAUCAAAGUAUAAUUUAUUAAUGAAAAAUGAGUACUUGAUUAGUUCAAACCUCUCAAAGGUAGUGUAACUUGAUCAGUUGAGGCACACCAGACUAUCUGAAUAGAUAAAUCCCAGUAACCCUAAGCAUGGACCACUCUCAUGUAACAACAUCACACAUUUAAGAUAUUUUCUGAAGAGGUUUCCUUUAUUUUUUUAUCACUGUGUUUAAAGCCAUGGUGUUAAUGAUGAAGAAAUUGACUAUAUUUCUAUUAAUAUUUAUUCUCACUGUGUAUGUGUUUCAUGAAAAAUUAGAAUAUGGUCAGCAAGUGUAUAUUUUCAUUGUGUGAUGUAUAUUUCAUUGUAUAUUUGAAGAUUUCUCUAUUUUGUAGUUGAUGUACCUUCUACUAUGAUUACUGAAGCGUAACAAGAGGACUGAGAGGGGAGGGUUUGUUUACCUUGCUUUGUGAUCUGUAGCCUCGUCAUGUGAUCCUGGUGUGGGGUCAUGUGAUCCUGGUGUGUGCUCAUGUAAUCCUGGUGUGUGGUCAUGUGAUCCUGGUGUGAGCUGAGGCUGCAGCUGAGGAGCAGCUCACUGGCUCUUGUUUGUCUCUCAGCUGCUUUACAGGAACUGUGUCCCCCUGGACCAGUCUCCGUUGGUGCACUACCUACUACCCUACCUGUCUACGUUUGAGGUACUCUAGAACACUCCUGUUUUUUCUCAGGGCUUGGCUAAAGAGCCAGUCCAUCUUGUGAUUGUAUUACAUCAAAUUCCUUCUAUCUUAAAGUAUGUAAAUAUGAUUGUGUCUGUGAGAUUCCACAACCAAUAAUCCAAUAAGUAAUGAUUCCAAAAUUAGAUCAAUUUAGUGAAUUAUAUAAAUGUCUUAAAAACGACUGGACUGUUUAUUAACAGUCAAGUUGGACAAAGUUACUAUUGAAUGUGAAUAUUACAUGCACUUUUUCACUUGAAUUACAAAAAAUGUUUUGCUUUUGUUGCCUAGAAAAUGAUAAGCUCAGUGUUUGCCCUUGCAUGGGCACUGUGUGUUUAAGCAAUAUCUUCUUAUAUAAACUGGCGGAGAAACAGCAAGUAAUAGCUGGUCGGAAGGAUAAUAUUCUGUGGGACAAAUGAAUACUAGAGGUAAAGAUUUGCCCCCUCAUACCCAGUGUUGUUGUGAUCUCCAUGUGAGCAUAAAUGUGAAGGUGCGUACAUUUGUCUGAAUGAGGGCGUGUAGUAUUUGUAGUAUUUGGUUCCUAAUAAUAAUGAGAUUCCUUUCAAAUCUUGGUGGGUGCAGGUCUUACCAAGCACAAGUUUCUAACAUGCCCCUUUAAUGUUUAAUAGAGGCACAUUUAGAAACCUCUCUAUGGUUAUCUUAUCACAAAGGAAGUUAUUCCUUCUUAUGUCAUGAUUCUACAGUAUGUAGGCUUCUGGUGAAAAUAAUAAUUGAGAAU